AUGUCUGACGGCGGGGGGACAGAGGAGAACUCCGGCACCAUGGAGGUGUCGGCCGUGCAGACGGUCGCUGAUACCUCGGUGCUGCAGAAGCACAUUAGGAAACUGGUACCGCUUCUCCUGGAAGAUGGCGGCGAGGCCCCGGCCUCCCUGGAAACCGCCCUGGAGGAGAAGAGCGCCGUGGAGCAGAUGAGGAAAUUUCUGGCCGAUCCCCAACUUCACACCAUCCUUGUCGAGAGAAGUGCUCUCAAAGGUACACCAAGCAGGAAAGGAUAUAAUAUUGAUAUCAGGACUGUCCGGGGUACUAAAACUCAACAUGUCUGAAACCAGUGAUCUACAUUUGAUAUUUGCAAAAUGACUGAAUCGAUCCACGAUAAGUGAUGGUUAAUAGUCAUUGAGCAGCAGGAUGUUUAUGAUGACAGUAUUAGCCUAAUUUUAGUCUAACAGUCUGUCUCCAUGACUCUGCUAAAUUGAAAGCUAACUGCGCCAUACUGGGUGGGGAAGGGAACAGCAACUAACAACCCAAUGUAGUCCACUUUAAAUGCUGUGUUGGCCUUUGUUUUUUUGUUCAAAUACUGUUAAAGUUGGACUGGUUUUGAGUUUGAUAGUUUUAUUUUUUAAUAUAUUAUGUUUGCAAAUGAGUAUACACGUCAAACUCGAGUAAAUGCAGUGGACAGCUCCGUGUUAGAAAACAUAUCCUUCAGCAGUUUAAGUCCAAAAAUCUCAGCAUUUAAUAACAAUGAAUCCUCUGUUAUCAGUAUUUGUGUGCACACUCAUGGGGUUUUAUCAUGUGAACCAGCUUGUGGAAAGAAUUCUUAUUUCUUAAUUUUCCCGUGGGGGAAUAAAUCCUGAGCCAUGCCCUCACUAAUGUUGAAUGAGUGGUAGACCUUGAUCCCUUGAUUCUGCACAUGAUCAGCUGCUCAGUCCUGCAGGCUUUGGAGUCCCUCUUCAUGUUUUUGCCCCCUUGUACUGAUACUGCAGUGUAUUCUCUUAAAAAUGGCCAGCCCUUCCCACAAACAGCGAGUUCACUUGUUGAGAAUAUAAAGAUUGACUCUGAUGUUAAUUAUUUUACCUUGAUAACCCCAUCUACUUUCGAGUAAUCACACUAUUUUCAACCUCACUUGGGACAGGUUUUGUAACGAGAAUUAAUAGGAUGAGAACAACCAAGAUAAGAUGACAAUUACUUGAAUCAGUGAUCUUAUAUUUGGCAUUAUGGUGUUAGAUUUAAACUUCUGUGCCACAGUUUACUUGAUUUUUCAGAUUCUUGGUGCCAUUUUUAUGCAUAACUUGUUCAGAGGAGACUCAAAGUAUAUUUCCUGUUCACACAGAGGAUGUUGGAGAUGAAGGAGAAGAGGAGAAGGAGUGCAUCACUUACAAUGUCAGCAUUGACAUACACUAUGGGAUCAAGUCCAACAGGUGAACAGUGCACAGAAAUGUAAUGUUUACCACUCAGCUGUAAGUUAACCUCUGUUUAUACUUAACAACUACUCUCUCUGUGCAGCUUGGCUUUGAUCAAGAGGACUGGUGUCAUUGAUGCAGACAAGCCCAUCUCAACCCAAGUCAGAGUUCUUACCUUAAGUGAGGAUUCUCCCUAUGAGACGCUCCACUCGUUCAUCAGCAAUGCUGUUGCCCCUUUCUUCAAGUCCUACAUCCGUGAGUCCGGCAAAGCAGACAGGUAAGCCUAAAGAUCCUGUCCUUUUGAUAUAACUACAUUUGAUAUAAUACUUAAUGUAAGUAGCUGAAUAAUAUGGUGAUUGAUACAUGAUGAUGGAUGAUGAAAAAACUAAAAUUAUAUAGAGAAGUAAUGUGGUUUACACUCUGACUUCGUCUUCCAGAGAUGGAGAUAAGAUGGCUCCCUCAGUGGAGAAAAAGAUCGCAGAGCUGGAGAUGGGUCUUCUCCACUUGCAGCAAAAUAUUGAAAUCCCUGAGAUCAGCCUGGUCAUCCACCCGAUCAUCACAAACAUUGCUAAGCAGUGUUAUGAACGUGGGGAGAAGCCGAAAGUCACUGACUUUGGCGACAAAGUGGAGGACCCGAGCUUCCUUAACCAGUUGCAGUCUGGGGUCAACCGCUGGAUCAGGGAGAUCCAAAAGGUACAAUCUAAUGCGUCAAACAAGUGCAGGUUUACAUUAUGUAUAUUUAGCAUCACAGACUUGAGGGGUUUCUUUGCUUUUUCACGUACUCUAACAGGUGACAAAGCUGGAUCGUGACCCAGCCUCUGGCACAGCCCUUCAGGAGAUCAGCUUUUGGCUGAAUCUGGAGAGAGCCCUGAACAGGAUCCAAGAGAAGAGAGAGAGCCCCGAGGUUCUGCUCACAUUGGACAUCCUCAAACACGGCAAACGUUUCCAUGCUACUGUCAGCUUUGACACAGACACUGGUGAGUUAUUUUUCUGGGUUUUUUUUCAUUCCUGCCAUAGUAGUUUAAAAACAUUUGAGUGACUGUUCCUUUCAUCACCUCUCUCAGGUCUCAAACAGGCUGUGGAAACUGUCAAUGACUACAACCCCCUGAUGAAAGACUUCCCUCUCAACGACCUGCUCUCCGCCUCAGAGCUCGAUAAGAUCCGCCAGGCUCUGAUGGCCAUCUUCACUCACUUGAAAAAGAUCAGGAACACAAAGUAUCCAAUCCAAAGAGCCCUGCGCCUUGUAGAGGCCAUCUCCCGGGACUUGAGCUCCCAGCUCCUCAAGGUGCUGGGCACUAGGAAGCUCAUGCACGUCGCAUAUGAGGAAUUUGAAAAGGUGGGUGAUGUUGGACUCUGUUAUAACAUUGUAUUUGUGAUAUUAUUUCCUCCAGAUGUAAACUAUUCCACUAAAACAUCAUCUUUUAAACCUCUUUAAACAGGUGAUGGUGGCGUGCUUCGAGGUGUUCCAGACUUGGGAGGAUGAGUAUGAGAAACUCCAGGUGCUGCUGAGGGACAUUGUGAAGAGGAAAAGAGAAGAGAACCUGAAGAUGGUGUGGCGAUUGAGCCCUGCACACAGGAAGCUCCAGUCACGUCUGGAUCACAUGAGGCGUUUCAGAAGGCAGCAUGAGCAACUGAGAGCUGUUAUUGUUCGUGUGCUGAGGCCCCAGGUACAGUUCUGUUUUAGACUCUACUGGCACAUUUUAUACUUCUUUCAUCAUCAUUUCUUUUCUACAGCUGUUGAUCAUUUUCUCUGGUUUCAUGCACACUAGAUUGACAGUAUGUUUUGUCUCUAGGUGUCUGCUGUGCCACAACAUGCCCCCGGAGAGACAGUUGAGCCUCAGGACAUGAAGGUGGCUGGAGUUCUCUUUGAUGCUGCUGAUGCCAACGCCAUUGAGGAGGUCAACCUGGCGUAUGAGAAUGUCAAAGAGGUCGAUGGUCUUGAUGUGUCCAAGGAAGGCACAGAAGCCUGGGAAGCUGCCAUGAAGCGCUACGACGAACGCAUCGAUCGCGUGGAGACCCGUAUCACCGCUCGUCUGCGUGAUCAGCUGGGAACUGCCAAGAACGCCAACGAGAUGUUCCGCAUCUUCUCCCGCUUCAACGCCCUCUUUGUGCGUCCUCACAUUCGUGGCGCCAUCAGGGAGUACCAGACGCAGCUCAUCCAGCGUGUGAAGGAUGACAUUGAGUCGCUGCACGACAAGUUUAAAGUGCAGUAUCCUCAGAGCCAGGCCUGCAAGAUGAGCCACGUCAGAGACCUGCCUCCAGUAUCUGGUUCCAUCAUCUGGGCCAAGCAGAUUGACCGUCAGCUGACAGCCUACAUGAAGAGGGUGGAGGAUGUUCUGGGGAAAGGCUGGGAGAACCACGUGGAGGGGCUGAAGCUGAAGCAGGACGGAGACAGCUUCAGGGCUAAACUUAACACCCAGGAGAUAUUCGACGACUGGGCUCGCAAGGUUCGGAGCCGAUCCGUUUUCACACGUUUGCCUCUCUUACUGUACUUCCUCAUUUUAAAAAUACUUUCAUAAAUGACUCCUCUGUUUUUGUGAUUUAGGUACAGCAACGUAACCUCGGCGUGUCUGGCCGCAUCUUCACAAUAGAGAGCACUCGUGCCCGUGGACGCACCGGAAGCAUGCUCAAGCUCAAAGUCAACUUCCUCCCAGAAAUCAUCACCUUGUCCAAAGAGGUCCGCAACCUCAAGUGGUUGAGCUUCCGUGUUCCCCUGGCCAUCGUCAACAAAGCCCAUCAAGCGAACCAGCUGUACCCAUUCGCCAUCUCUUUGAUCGAGAGUGUGCGCACCUAUGAGCGCACCUGUGAGAAGGUGGAGGAGAGGUCCUCCAUCUCCCUGCUGGUGGCUGGCCUCAAGAAGGAGGUUCAGGCUCUCGUCACUGAAGGAAUCACUCUGGUCUGGGAGUCCUACAAGCUGGACCCUUACGUCCAGAGACUGGCCGAGACUGUCUUCAACUUCCAGGAGAAGGUCAGUGUGAAGAAGUUGUCUCUGUGCAAAGGUAAUCUUUCGGCGCUGUUGAUUCUUUGUCUUACUUGUGUUUUUGCUGUUUUUCUGACAGGUGGAUGACCUCUUACUGAUUGAGGAGAAGAUUGAUCUUGAAGUUCGCUCUCUGGAAACAUGUAUGUUCGACCACAAGACCUUCUCUGACAUCCUCAACAGAGUCCAGAAGGCAGUGGAUGAUCUCAAUCUCCACUCUUACUCCAAUUUGCCCAUCUGGGUCAAUAAGCUGGACAUUGAGGUCGGUACUGCAAAACAACAUUUCAAGCAUAAUUUUCUGCUCUGUGACUGAAUUUGAGUCGAAAUGGUUUUUGACUGGAGUGAUUUGGGGAUUUUUUUCAGAUUGAACGUAUCUUGGGAGUGCGACUCCAGGCUGGUCUGAAGGCCUGGACCCAGGUGCUCCGUGGUCAGGUUGAGGACAAAGCUGAUGUCGACAUGGAUACAGAGGCUCCACAAGUGAGCCACAAACCUGGAGGGGACCCCAAAAUCAAGGUAUCCAUUUGCGCUUCGGAGUCAUCUUGUGUUGGCUAAUGCCUUUGUUUACCUCAACACAGCUGACCUUUUAGUUCAGGAUUUUUAAAAUGAAUCGCCUGUUCUGGUCCUUUUUUCCCCUAGGGUGUUAUCCAUGAGCUGAGGAUCACCAACCAGGUCAUCUACCUGAACCCACCAAUUGAAGACUGUCGCUACAAGCUCUAUCAGGAGAUGUUCUUCUGGAAGAUGGUCAUCCUUUCUCUUCCCAGGAUCCAGAGCCAGAGAUAUCAGGUGAGGAUGUCUAGAGUAGUUUUGCUAGCUGUGCUAACUCUAGAACUCACAACUAACAUUCACAUUUAAUUGUUGAAGAUGAAGAUUUAUUUAUCAAUGUUUUCUUAUCCUAGGUGGGAUCUAUUAGGAACCUGGAUGUUGUGUCUUUUAGUUCUUUUUAUUCAUGCUCAUUUAUGGUUCCUCACCAGGUUGGAGUCCAUUACGAGCUGUCAGAGGAGGAGAAGUUCUACAGAAACGCUUUGACCAGGAUGCCAGAUGGCCCUGCAGCCUUAGAGGAGGCCUACAAUGCUGUGGAAGACAUUGUGAAUGAGGUGGAGCAGUACGUCAAGGUAAGUGUGUGUAACCACAAUCAGUCACGGUUAAGGUGAGAGGUAUUUCCUGAAGACAUAGAACCGUCUUCCUUUCUCUCGGGGUCCUCUUACCUAUGCAUGACUCAGGCUGUAGUUUUAUAAGAACCUCUUUUCUUCCCUCUCCCUGUCCAGGUGUGGCUUCAGUACCAGUGCUUGUGGGACAUGCAAGCUGAGAACAUCUAUAACCGCCUGGGUGAAGACCUCACCAAGUGGCAGGCCCUGCUGGUUCAGAUCCGCAAAGCACGUGGAACCUUUGACAAUGCAGAGACCCGCAAAGAGUUUGGACCCGUUGUCAUUGACUACGGCAAGGUAAGAGUCAUGGUGGUUGUUGUUGCUGCUGUGAGAGGAAGUGUGAAUCCUUUAGAAAAUGCAAUUGUGGUUUUAGUGUUUUUGCUGCUCCACCUUGUACUCUGAAUGUGCUUUUCUUUAAAUGUUUAAUUUUUGAUAACAGGUCCAGUCUAAGGUGAACCUGAAGUAUGACUCCUGGCACAAAGAAGUGCUCAGCAAGUUUGGCCAGAUGCUGGGAAAUAACAUGCAGGACUUUCACGCUCAGAUCUCCAAGGUAACACAUAAUGAUAUCAAAGAACAUUUAUUUUUAUCUAGAGAUGCACGAUAUGAAAAAUUUCGCCUGAUAUGGAUAACCGAUAAAUACCUGCUACUCAUUGCCCAAACGGAUACUGAUAGGUUAAUAUUUGUAUUUAAUAUAAUCUUCGUAUGAUCUGGUUUGUGCAUCCAGGAUGAUACAAAAACAGGACUCAGUGGUUAAAAAUGUUCUGUUAAGCUAAGCAUACUGACAGGACUGACAUCAGAUGCCCAUAUGUCUGUUGUGAAACUUAUGUGUAGUCCACUCUUGUCAAUCAAACUGUGGACGUGUGCGACGACCACAUCAUAGAGAGCAGGGUGGGACACAUCCGAGAAGACGCAACGGCUAGAGAGCGUGUAGCGUGGCUCCAAGUGUGUUAUUAAAUUGUGAAAACCCAGAUUCUCGACAACAGUAAAUGGGUGGUCGUCCAAGUUUUUACAGGUUUCAAAUGCCUGCAAUAUGGGAACAUCCCAACUCCAUUUCAAUGUUUUACCCUUAGCAGUGCCAGUUGCUUCCGCGGCAGCUUCGUAUUCUUUCAAUACCGCUUCGCCACGAUGAUUACUUUUCGGGUGAGCCAUAAGACUUGUCGUGUUAAAGCUUGACGCCUUCUUUCCUCCUCUCGAAAUCCUUGCAGAAAGAAAAACGUCCACACUGGUGAAGACAUGCUAGCUCAGAUGUGCUAUUAGUGCCCAUUCAUUGUCAGUCAGGCAGUGAGGGAGCCAGGCUUGGGUCCUACUGAUAAGACACAAUAGACGACUUAACUAGCAUGACACAUCAUGUUUAGAGGCUACACGGUUUACACACGAAUUUUCACCAUUGUCAUAAAAUUAUCAGAUAAAACUAUCUGAUUUCAUUUGAGUAUCGGAGCGAUAAAAAUUAGAUAAUUUUAUUCCAAAUCAGGCGAUAUUUUAUCAACUCUGUAACAUUGACUUUUACCAGACGCUCAUCAGACAGUUAUUUAAUGUCCUUCCGGUUUUUCUCAUGUUUUGUUUUAUUUCUAGUCUCGUCAAGAACUGGAGCAACAUUCUGUGGACACAGCUAGCACCUCAGACGCUGUCAACUUCAUUACAUAUGUUCAGACUCUGAAGCGCAAGAUCAAACAGUUUGAGAAAAAUGUGGACGUAAGUACUCUGAAUCACUCUGUAUCUCUUCAUUGCGUUUCAAAGGAAAAUUCAGUCAUCUCAUCAGUUUCUCUUUCGUUGGCUCUAGUUGUUCCGCAACGGACAGCGUCUGUUGGAGAAGCAGAGGUUCCAGUUCCCUCCAUCUUGGCUCUACAUCGACAACAUCGAAGGCGAAUGGGGCGCCUUCAGUGACAUCAUGAAGCGCAAGGACACUGCUAUCCAGCAGCAGGUGGCCAACCUGCAGAUGAAGAUCGUCCAGGAGGACAAAGCUGUGGAAAACCGCACUACUGAUCUGCUCAAUGAGUGGGAAAAGACCAAACCAGUUGCUGUAAGAGAAAUGAAGUGUUCCAAUACAAUUCCUUCAUCUGUAGACCCCUGUCAUUGUUACAGUGAGGUAACACACCGGUUAUUUACCUCACCAGGGUAACCUGCGCCCAGAGGAGGCUCUUCAGUCCCUGACCAUCUAUGAGGGCAACUUUGGCCGCCUGAAGGAUGAAAGAGAGAAGUGUGCUCGUGCUAAAGAAGCCUUGGAGCUCACUGACACCGGUCUGCUCAGCGGCAGCGAAGAGAGGGUGCAGGUAAUGCAAACAAAUGUUCACAGAAAAGUACCUGAAGUAGCAGAAAGUAUCUCCCAUUUUUAAAUUUUUGAUUAAAAGCAAUUUUUGAACCAUUAUGCAGGAGUUGCAGCUCUGACCUAAACUACAGCACUGCUUCAAAGUUCAGUAAGGGUGACUCUAUUCUAUUUUUGAUCAUUUGUAGGUGGCGUUGGAGGAGUUGCAUGACCUGAAGGAGGUUUGGUCUGAGCUGUCAAAGGUCUGGGAGCAGAUCGACCAGAUGAAAGAGCAGCCGUGGGUGUCUGUACAGCCCCGUAAGGUAACAAACCGACACUGAUUGCUCAUAUCGUCAGUCUUUAUGGCCCUGUUUCCCAAUAGUUUAAUUCUUCGCAUCAGAAUUUUUCCUGUGUUCAUUUUGUUUUUUUGUUUUUUUCUUCAUAGCUUCGUCAGAGUCUGGACGCUCUGCUGAACCAGCUCAAGAACUUCCAAGCGAGACUGCGACAGUAUGCAUCCUAUGAGUACGUCCAGAGACUGCUCAAAGGUUACCUAAAGGUUGGUGGGCUUUUUUUCACCCAUUAAUUGUAAAUAUCGACCUACAAGAAGAAUUGAAGAUAACUUAUUAAAUUCUCUUUACUUCCUCUUACCAGGUGAACAUGCUGGUGAUUGAGCUGAAAUCAGAGGCACUGAAGGAUCGUCACUGGAAGCAGCUGAUGAAGCGUUUGCAUGUAAACUGGGUCCUGUCUGAGCUGACCCUGGGACAGAUCUGGGAUGUGGAUCUGCAGAAGAAUGAGAUGGUGGUGAAGGAUGUUCUCCUGGUGGCCCAGGGAGAGAUGGCUCUGGAGGAGUUCCUCAAACAGGUGAAGGAGGAGGGCUUUUCAUUCUCACCAGAGGCGUUUUUUGAAUAAGACUGCAAAAGUAAGUCUGCUUUUAGUCUUGUUUUAAACGCCAGUGUUUGUUCCCCCAGAUCCGUGAAGUGUGGAAUUCAUACGAGCUGGACCUGGUGAACUACCAGAACAAGUGUCGUCUGAUCAGAGGCUGGGAUGACCUCUUCAACAAAGUCAAAGAGCACAUUAACAGCGUGUCGGCCAUGAAGUUAUCUCCAUACUACAAGGUGCACACAUAAACAUCUGUAUGAUUUUGAACGGGGGUCGAAAAUUUUCAAACACCGGGAAAGUUCUUAAUCUCAUCCUCCUCCUGUUCUCACCCCCCCUUAGGUGUUUGAGGAAGACGCCCUGAGCUGGGAGGACAAGUUGAACCGCAUCAUGGCUCUCUUUGACGUUUGGAUCGAUGUCCAACGUCGAUGGGUCUAUCUGGAGGGCAUCUUUACUGGCAGCGCUGAUAUCAAACAUCUGCUGCCUGUGGAAACCCAGAGAUUCCAGAGGUAAAUAAAGGAAGCUUAUUUCCUCAUAAAACCCAGAGAUGUUAUUGUUGUAACAGCUGUUUCCAUGAGAUCCUACUGCACUGUCUCUCUCUGCCUUUACUUUGCAGUAUCAGCACAGAGUUCUUGGCACUGAUGAAGAAGGUGUCAAAGUCUCCACUGGUGAUGGAUGUGCUGAACAUACAGGGGGUGCAGAGGUCUCUGGAGAGGCUGGCUGACCUUCUGGGGAAAAUCCAGAAAGCUCUUGGAGAAUACCUGGAGAGAGAAAGAUCCUCAUUCCCCAGGUAAGAUGGUGAUAGGCGAUAGAAGGUCUGCUCUUUGUUUCCAAGAAUAACGUGAUCAUGUAAGUUCCACAGGUUCUCAAAUUUAUAUAUUCACUUUCUGUUUCCAGGUUCUACUUUGUGGGAGAUGAGGACCUGCUCGAGAUCAUCGGAAACAGCAAGAACGUGGCCAAACUGCAGAAGCACUUCAAGAAGAUGUUUGCGGGUGUUUCCAGCAUCCUGCUCAACGAGGACAACACAGAGGUGCUGGGAAUCUCCUCCCGCGAGGGUGAGGAGAUCCUCUACAAGACUCCAGUCUCUAUCACGCAGCAUCCAAAGAUCAACGAGUGGCUGACGCUGGUGGAGAAGGAGAUGAGGGUGACGCUGGCCAAGCUGCUGGCCGAGUCCGUCACUGAGGUGACGGCCUUCAACAAGGGCACAGCUGUGGACCUGAGUCAGUACAUUGACUGGAUCGAUCGUUACCAGGUAAGUGUUGUGAGCAAAUGUCACCAAAUAAAACAUGAGUGGUUGUCAGAAGGUGUUUAUGUAACUUUUCGUUUCUGUUUUUUUCUCUGUUCAGGCUCAGCUAGUCGUCCUUUCCACUCAGAUCGCCUGGUCCGAGAACAUCGAGUCUGCCCUGACUACCAUCUCUGGUGGUGGGAACAUGUCUCCCAUGCAGGCAGUGCAGUCAAAUGUAGAGGCCACCCUCAACGUGCUGGCUGACACGGUGCUGAUGGAGCAGCCUCCACUCCGCAGGAAGAAACUGGAGCACCUGGUUAGAGAGCGCUCUUUAACAACACCCAUGUAGAAAACUGUCCAAUGAAAUGUGGUUCCUAAAUCCCUCGUUUUCAACUUAGAUCACAGAGCUGGUGCACCAACGUGAUGUGACCAGGACUCUCAUCAAGAAUAAGAUCGACAACCCCAAGUCCUUUGAGUGGCUCAGCCAGAUGCGCUUCUACUUCGACCCCAAGCAGACAGACGUCCUGCAGCAGCUGUCCAUUCAGAUGGCCAACGCCAAGUUCAACUAUGGCUUUGAGUACCUGGGAGUCCAAGACAAGCUGGUCCAGACUCCUCUGACAGACCGCUGCUAUCUCACCAUGACCCAAGCUCUGGAGGCCCGUCUUGGAGGAUCACCAUUUGGUAUGGAAACUUUGUCAAUCAAGAAAUAUGGGGCAUGAAAAAAUCCCAAGACGACAUAUUUAACAUCCACUGUGUUUUUCUUGAUCCAGGUCCUGCCGGCACAGGGAAGACCGAGUCAGUGAAAGCUCUUGGACACCAGCUGGGACGCUUUGUUCUGGUCUUUAACUGUGAUGAGACAUUUGAUUUCCAGGUACACAAAUGAGACAUGGUUAUGAGUCGCAUGAAAAACUGUCCUUAAAGGGCAUUGAUUUUUAGUCCUGCAUGACCUGUUUUACUUACUAAUCUGCUUUUUUUGAAUGUGUCUUUUGUAGGCCAUGGGUCGUAUCUUCGUCGGUCUGUGCCAGGUGGGAGCGUGGGGCUGCUUUGACGAGUUCAAUCGUCUGGAGGAGAGAAUGCUCUCUGCCGUCUCCCAGCAGGUCCAGUACAUCCAGGUGGCACUGAGGGAGCACAGCAACCCCAACAGAGACAGGAGUAUGUAUUAUACAUAGAGGUGCCAAAAUACACAAGAGAAAGAGCUUGAUAAAAAUGUUCAAUAUCGAAUCUGAAUGUCGGGCAAAUUUCUACAUACAGGGCUUGACACUAACUUUUUUCACAAGGAGCACAUGAGCACACAAAGAACUCUGGGGGAACAAUAAAAAUUGAUGUGUGUCUUAUUGGUCGACAUAAGCGCUAUUAUUUGAAAUCAAUUUUAGGUCUUUUGGUCACAUGACAUGGAAGCUAUUGAAAGAAACAGCCUUUUCUGAGAACAUCAACUGGUAAUUUAUUGAUGGUCCCUUAUUCAACACCCGACGUUGACAGCAAGGAUGCCGAGUAGAUUUAACCGUGCUGCUGUUUCUGGUAAUGGAGAGUGAGAAGACACUGGUAGAUCCACAGUGAAUGUUUGUCGGAUAUCUAACCUAAAACUAACUUCACCGCGGUAUUCACAUAAAAAAAAAAAACUUGGGUUGCCUCGGCUAAUUUUUUUUAUGUGCGCAUGUGCCCCUAAAUACAUUUUACAAUUCGCACUCUAUCUAUUCUAUUUUCUAAUCUAUUUUUAGCUUCAAAUGUUAGUGAAAUGGUUGCACUGUCAAGCCCUGACAUAUUAGAAAUAAUCAGUUUUUGAGAAAAGCUUUUAAGGAUGAAAUACUUGAUCGGUUAACAUUCCUUCCUCAGGUGUGCCAGUCACCACAGAGCUCCUCAACAAGCAGGUGAAGGUGAGCCCAGACAUGGCCAUCUUCAUCACCAUGAACCCUGGCUAUGCCGGCCGCUCCAACCUGCCUGACAACCUGAAGAAGCUGUUCCGCAGCUUGGCCAUGACCAAACCCGACCGCCAGCUCAUCGCACAGGUCAUGCUGUACUCCCAAGGCUUCCGCACAGCCGAGAUCCUCGCCAAGAAGAUCGUGCCUUUCUUCAAGUAUGUGCCCGCUAAAAGACGAAAAAGUCCAUCGGCAGCUUUAAUGGGUCUUCAAAUUUUACACUUAACUUUUGUUUUUUCAGGCUGUGUGACGAGCAGCUGUCAUCUCAGAGUCACUACGACUUUGGCCUCCGAGCUCUCAAGAGCGUACUGAUCAGUGCGGGUAAUGUCAAGCGUGAGCGCAUCCAGAGGAUCAAGAGGGAGAAGCUGGAGCGAGGAGAGGUUGUCGACGAGAAUGAUAUCGCUGAAAACCUCCCUGAACAAGAGGUACAGAAAAUUAAACUUUAGCAAAGAAAAUUAGAAGCUCUGUCCAAUUAUUUCUGGAACAAUCUUUAGAUUUGAGAAACUUAAAUCCAAAUCUGGUCUUUUUCAUUUAGAUCCUGAUCCAGAGUGUUUGUGAGACCAUGGUUCCAAAACUGGUGGCAGAGGACAUCCCCCUGUUGUUCAGCCUGCUGUCAGACGUCUUCCCUGGAGUCCAGUACAUGCGUGGAGAGAUGACUGCCCUGAGAGAGGAGCUGAAGAAGGUCUGUGCGGAGAUGUACCUCACCUACGGAGACGGUGAUGAUGUAGGAAGCAUGUGGGUGGAGAAGGUAUGUAAAUGGACCACACCAACAUCCAUUGGCAGGUAUGUAUUCAGGUUUCUGCAAAGAGAGUCAUGGAAAACUGUCACGGAUUUCCUUCUAGGUGCUCCAACUGUACCAGAUCACACAGAUCAACCACGGUUUGAUGAUGGUUGGACCCUCAGGCAGCGGAAAGACCAUGGCAUGGAGGGUGCUUCUCAAAGCCCUGGAGAGGCUCGAAGGUGUUGAGGGUGUAGCCCACAUUAUUGACCCCAAGGCCAUCAGCAAAGACCACCUGUAUGGAACCCUGGAUCCCAACACCCGCGAAUGGACUGAUGGCUUGUUCACUCACAUCCUCAGGAAGUGAGUUUCCAAAAAACAUGUUUCCUCAUCCAUGAUUUUUUUUUUAAUGUGUAACUUUGUUGUUAAAUACUUUCUGCUAAACUUCAGGAUUAUUGACAACGUCCGAGGUGAACUGCAGAAGCGUCAGUGGAUCAUCUUCGAUGGCGAUGUCGACCCUGAGUGGGUUGAAAAUCUCAACUCAGUUCUGGAUGACAACAAGCUCCUCACCCUGCCCAACGGAGAGCGUCUGAGCUUGCCACCAAACGUAAGAUAACAACACUGUCUAUAUCUUACUGUCUACUGAACCUGCUGUGUUGAUAUCGAAUCUUACUCUCCCUCUUUAGGUGCGUGUGAUGUUUGAAGUACAAGACUUGAAGUACGCCACCCUGGCCACUGUGUCUCGCUGCGGUAUGGUCUGGUUCAGCGAGGAUGUUCUCAGCACUGACAUGAUCUUCAACAACUUCCUGGCUCGCAUACGCAGCAUCCCACUGGACGAGGGAGAGGAUGAAGCUCAACGCCAGAGGAAGGGCACAGAUGAUGAGGAAGAGACUGCCUCACCGAUGCUGCAGGUAUGCUCUUUUUAAACCAGUGGCUGCACAUGUUCUUCUCUGAAGGAGUCUUGUUUUGUUCUCCUUUAACGUCCUAGUAUGUUUUCUCACCAGAUCCAGCGUGAUUCUGCGGCCAUCCUGCAGCCUUACUUCACCUCCACAGGCCUGGUGAUCAAAGCCUUAGAGCACGCCUCCAAGAUGGAGCACAUCAUGGACUUCACCCGCCUGCGCUGCCUGGGCUCUCUGUUCUCAAUGCUGCACCAGGCUUGCCGAAAUGUAGCGCUCUACAACAACAACCACCCAGACUUCCCUAUGCCUGUGGAUCAGCUGGAGAAAUACAUGCAGGUAGUGUCCUGCUCUCUGUCUAUGUCGCGCCUGUCUUCUCGUUAUUAUAUCUACUCAAGGCAUAAUCAUGCAAAAAUGUCCUUCACAGAAAUAUCUGAUCUACGCCGUACUGUGGUCCUUCUCUGGUGAUGGACGGCUGAAGAUAAGAGGGGAGCUUGGAGAAUACAUCCGUCGCAUAACCACUGUGCCCCUUCCCUCUGCUCCCAAUGUCCCUAUCAUCGACUACGAGGUACAGACCCGAUUGUUAAAGCUGAUUGUUUUUGUUGAAAUGGAAAGGCUAUUUAAAGGAAACUGAAGCUGUUGUGUCUUUUUCUUUGUGCACUGUAGGUGACCAUCACUGGUGAGUGGCAGUCCUGGCAGGGCAAGGUGCCCCAGAUCGAGGUCGAGACCCACAAGGUGGCAUCCCCUGAUGUUGUGGUUCCCACCCUGGAUACAGUCCGCCAUGAAGCUUUGCUUUACACUUGGCUAGCAGAGCACAAACCACUGGUGCUCUGUGGACCUCCAGGCUCUGGAAAGACCAUGACUUUGUUCAGUGCCCUCAGAGCUCUGCCUGACAUGGAGGUGAGAGACUGAAAGAAAUCAAAAUAACUGAUUUUAGGGUUCAUGUUGAAGAGUAUUCACCUUAAAAAAAGGUUCUCGCGCUUAAUUUUUCUUUUCCAAAUUUUGCACUCAGGUUGUGGGCCUGAACUUCUCCAGUGCCACCACCCCAGAGCUUCUGCUGAAAACCUUCGACCAUUACUGUGAAUACCGCCGUACUCCCAAUGGUGUGGUCCUUGCUCCCGUUCAGCUGGGCAAGUGGCUGGUGCUGUUCUGUGACGAAAUCAAUCUGCCGGACAUGGACAAGUACGGCACACAGAGGGUCAUCUCAUUCCUCAGACAGGUAUGAUAAUAAUUUAAUACUUGAAUAUUUGAUAUGACUGUGAAAUCUUCACACCGGGAAGAACAGGGAACUCUUUGUUAAAGGUUCCUUUUGUGUGUUUUCUUUGCAGAUGGUGGAACAUGGAGGUUUCUAUCGCACCUCAGACCAGACCUGGGUCAAACUGGAGAGGAUCCAGUUUGUAGGAGCUUGUAAUCCUCCCACUGAUCCUGGCAGAAAGCCUCUCACACACAGGUGCAGGACCCCGAUCAUAAAACCUGAAUAGGGGAGUAAAACAAUGAAUAUCAGAAAUGCCAGAAAGUGACCAUGUUGUGGUUUGCGGCCUCCAGGUUCCUGCGUCAUGUCCCUGUGGUGUACGUGGACUAUCCUGGCCCUGCUUCUCUGACCCAGAUUUAUGGAACCUUCAACCGCGCCAUGCUGCGCCUCAUUCCCUCUCUCCGUACCUACGCUGAGCCGCUCACUGCUGCUAUGGUGGAGUUCUACACCAUGUCUCAGGUAAAGAUAUACAAUAAAGUGAAACAUUCAAACAUCAUUGAAAGUUUCCUUUUUUUGGAGGGGAGGGGGAUUAUGGCAGUUUGGAGUCAAUCCCCAGAAAUUAUUGGACGAGAGGCAUGGAUAGAGAUGUAUUUGUUAUAUCGUCACCUGAUUACAUACCUCGUCUCUCCCCCCUCACACCUUCAGGAGCGGUUCACCCAGGACACGCAACCUCACUACAUCUACUCUCCAAGAGAGAUGACCCGCUGGGUGAGGGGCAUCUUUGAGGCCUUGCGCCCCCUGGAGACCCUGCCUGUGGAGGGACUUAUCCGCAUCUGGGCCCACGAGGCUCUCCGUCUCUUCCAAGACAGGUGAGUGGAAGUUUUUUGCCUGAUAAGAUUAGAGGAGGAGACUCUUUACCUGCAGCUUUGUUUUUUUUUAAGGAUUCCUCAGUUACAGCUACGUUUUAGUCUUUAAAUGAGAAAGGCAACAAUAUUUUGGUGGUCACAUGGUACUCUUUGGCUGUUUCUAGGCUGGUUGGUGAUGAAGAGAGGAGGUGGACUGAUGAAAACAUCGACAUGGUCGCUCUCAAACAUUUCCCCAACAUCGAUAAGGACAAGGGUCUCAACAGGCCGAUCCUCUACAGCAACUGGCUCUCCAAGGUAACGAUGCUCUGAAUGUCCUGUACUAGUAAAGCUAAUGUCAGUGAGUGUUUCCUUGUAUGAUCUCACUGCCUGUAUUGCUCAUGAAUGUAGGACUACAUCCCAGUGGAGCAGGAGGAGCUCAGGGACUACGUGAAAGCCCGCCUGAAGGUCUUCUAUGAAGAAGAGCUGGACGUCCCGUUGGUGCUCUUCAAUGAGGUGCUGGAUCACGUUCUCAGGAUUGACAGGUGGGUGACCUUUCUAAUGAUCAGAUUUCCAGGCUUAACUCGUAGAUUUGGAUUAAUUUUCAAAUCGAAAUCUCCUCCAGAAUCUUCCGUCAGCCUCAGGGUCAUCUCCUGCUGAUCGGUGUGAGUGGAGCAGGAAAGACUACUCUGUCUCGUUUCGUAGCCUGGAUGAACGGACUCAGUGUUUACCAGAUCAAGGUGAGUAGAAGAUGUGAAGCUCUUGUGAAGAUUUUAAGAGCAGCCUCACUGAAUUCGUCUGUUUUGUUAAUGUGUGUGUGUGUGUGUUUCCAGGUACACAGGAAAUACACAGGAGAGGACUUUGACGAAGACCUGCGCACAGUGCUGCGUCGCUCCGGUUGUAAGAAUGAGAAGAUCGCCUUCAUCAUGGAUGAGUCCAAUGUGCUGGAUUCUGGCUUCCUUGAGAGAAUGAACACACUGCUGGCUAACGGAGAAGUGAGUAUCAUUGUGCCAAACUUUAAUCCACCUCACCGGCGGCCCAGAUGCCUUUCAGUUCCUGAGAUACUGAAUCUGUUACCUCCUUUGUAGGUUCCCGGUCUGUUUGAGGGUGAUGAGUAUGCCACCCUGAUGACUCAGUGCAAAGAGGGAGCCCAGAAAGAGGGUCUGAUGCUCGACACACACGAGGAGCUGUACAAGUGGUUCACCAGCCAGGUUAUCAGGAACCUCCACGUGGUUUUCACCAUGAACCCGUCAUCAGAGGGCCUGAAGGACAGGGCUGCCACCUCACCUGCUCUGUUCAACAGGUACAGAAACACACUGAGCACGAUUCCAGUUAUUGAAAAGGGUGGAUAGGAUACAAUCACAUCAAAAAAGAAAGAUGGUGUUGACUCGAAACUUGCUUUUGUUUUAGGUGUGUGCUGAACUGGUUUGGAGACUGGUCCACAGAGGCUCUUUAUCAAGUGGGUAAGGAGUUCACCAGCAAGAUGGAUCUGGAGAAACCGAACUACAAGGUGCCAGAUUACAUGCCGAUCGUGUACGACAAACUGCCCCAGCCACCAUCUCACCGUGAAGCUAUUGUGAACGGCUGUGUGUUUGUACACCAGACACUCCACCAGGUACGGUCGUCACUCACUUCACUUUGCCAAGUGUGGAAGUCUUUCUGUGACUUACUGGUUUGUUUGUUUUUGUGCUGUGAUUUCUUCGCAGGCUAACAACCGUCUAGCUAAACGCGGUGGUCACACAAUAGCAAUCACCCCUCGCCACUACCUGGACUUCAUCAACCAGUACGCCAACCUGUUUAAUGAGAAACGAAGUGAGUUGGAGGAGCAGCAGAUGCAUCUGAACGUUGGUCUUCGCAAGAUCAAGGAGACUGUAGAUCAGGUAAAAUCGUACUUCAUUGUGAUUAAUAUAAUUAGCAGUCAUUGAAAAAAAUAAAAAAUACUAGAGUGUAUUUUUUGUAAGGUGUUUGUUUGCCUUAUUCUUUCGUAUUCAGGUGGAGGAGCUUCGCCGUGACCUGAGAAUCAAGAGCCAGGAGCUUGAGGCGAAGAAUGCUGCUGCCAAUGACAAGCUGAAGAAGAUGGUCAAAGAUCAGCAGGAGGCUGAAAAGAAGAAGGUACGCAGGGUUGAAUGUGACAUUUUGAGGACGCAAUUUAUAGAAGAAAAACUGAAGUUUUGAUUGAAUUUUGGAUUCAACUGUUUUUUUUUUAUUUUUUGUAAUUCUAGGUUAUGAGCCAGGAGAUCCAGGAAGCUGUGUACAAGCAGCAGGAGGUGAUCAAAGACAAACAGCUGAGUGUCAAACAGGACUUGGACCAGGUGGAGCCUGCCGUCAUUGAGGCUCAGAACGGUAAAACAGCCCAAAGAUUGGUGGUCUUACCCCGAAUUUCCACCGCAUCCGGAACAGAGGCGAUUUUUGCCGUCUGCCAAUUUCUACCGGAUCCGUUGAUGAGGCAAAUUUCGUGGUAGAUUAUGGACAGCGGGACUCGCCAAAACUCACUAGACCCCGCGGACUCACGUGCAAUCGCUUGAUAAUGAGUUGUCUCUAAAAUACAGCUACAUAACCAUAUAAGCAGUAGAUUGGGUCCUUCCAGAGGAGGAAUUCUACUUCUAGACUUCUAGAAUCAGCAUCUCCUCAUCCAUGGUGUCAUCUCCGGCGUUCGGGAAAAAAUAGAACUCUGGCGAUCAGCUGUGGAGUCUGGCGAUUUGCAGUAGAACGGAAAGAAGCCGUUGGAAAUUGACACAUUAACUUGAAUGGUUACGAUCAGCUGCGAUCGGCGGAUGCAGCCUUUUCGUAGCUGUUUCGGAUGCGGUGGACAUUGGUGAUACUCUUUUUGUUGUUGCUGUUGUUUUUUUUUCUUUGUUUUUUUUAUUAUCACUUAAUCUGCUUUACUCUGAACAUUUAUGUCACAUUGUUACUCGUGACAAAAAUGUGGUGAGAGCCUCUAGUUAACAGCCUGACUUUUACCUGCACCCUCCUUCCAUCACUGCCCUUUCCUUGUCAUAAUCCACACCCUUGUUCACCUGAUGUUAAAAGCUGUGAAGUCCAUUAAGAAGCAGCACCUGGUGGAGGUGCGAUCCAUGGCCAACCCACCUGCAGCCGUGAAGACGGCCCUCGAGUCCAUCUGCUUGCUCCUGGGAGAGAGCACCACGGACUGGAAGCAGAUCCGCUCCAUCAUCAUGAGAGAGAACUUCAUCCCCACUAUUGUUAACUUCUCUGCCGAGGAUAUCAGGUGAAAGAAGAGAGCCUGUGUUUGCACCUAUAAACUAAACGUCUCUCCCUCUCUGUCUCUGCUGUCAAUUUCCUGCCCUCUUCUCUCCCUUUUCUCUGACUACUUCUUUCUUCCAAACUUAUUCCCACCUUCACCUAAACUAGCCGUGAGCUCUAUAAAGCGGCAUCACCUAGUAGAAGUGCGGGCAAUGACCAAUCCCCCAGCUGCAGUCAAGCUGGCCCUGGAGUCUAUCUGCCUUAUGCUGGGCGAGGAGACCAAUGACUGGAAAAAAAUCAGACAAGUUAUUAUCAGGGACAAUUUCAUCAGCAGCAUAGUCAACUUUUCCUCUGAGGAGAUGAGGUACCAGCAUCAGAGCGUCUGUCUAGUCCUCAAUGGACCAAGCCAAAUAAUAUCAGUCAAUCAGCAUAUUGAUCAAGUGACUUCAUGACCAGAUUAAUCAUUCUCCAAUACGUUGAUUCAGCUGAAUCAAAAACUGUGAGCUGAUUGUAACAACCACCCUGUUAGAAAUCAUUCUUGAUAUUUAAUGUCGAGCAUUUAACAACAAUUUAUGAAACUCCCCCAACACCCCGAACAAAAUCGAAAUGAUUCUUCACAAUUUUUUCAAUCAGUGAUUUACUCACAUUGACAUAUUUGUGUGUGUGUGUGUGAGGUGUUGCUGUGUUUGUAACUUCUUGACUUUUUUUUCUUUACUCAAACCAGUGACUCCAUCCGUGAAAAGAUGAAGAAGAACUACCUCUCCAACCCGAGCUAUAACUACGACCAAGUCAACAGAGCUUCCCUGGCUUGUGGACCUAUGGUGAAAUGGGCUAUCGCUCAGGUAAUGAUGCUUAAAAAGGGUUUUUAAAAAUGAUGUGAAUCGGUGGAGUAUAAAUCCGAAUGUCAUCAAUCACUCUGUUCACUAUCUCCCCCUAAGCUCAACUAUGCCGACAUGCUGAAGCGUGUGGAGCCUCUGCGUAAUGAGCUGCAGAAGCUGGAGGAUGACGCCACAGACAACAAGACGAAGGCUGAGGAGGUGGAGCAGAUGAUCAGAGAUCUGGAGGCCAGCAUCGCUCGCUACAAGGAGGAGUACGCCGUCCUCAUCUCAGAGGCCCAGGCCAUCAAGGCGGAUCUGGCCGCUGUAGAAGCUAAGGUACCUUCUUUUAUUUUAUUUUCAACCCUGUUUUUCAGUUUACACUUGCAGGAUUUUCCUGAACUCUCACCUUCCACUCACAGGUGAACCGCAGCACAGCCCUGCUCAAGAGUCUGUCGGCUGAGAGGGACCGCUGGGAGAAGACCAGUGAGACCUUCAAGAACCAGAUGUCCACCAUCGCUGGAGACUGUCUGCUGUCUGCAGCCUUCAUUACAUACGCCGGCUACUUUGAACAGCAGAUGAGACAGAACCUGUUUACUACCUGGUCUCACCACCUGCAGCAGGCCAACAUUCAGGUAGUUAAAGCUCCAGUUCACAAGGCCAGAGUCAUUUUUGUUACCUCGUGUCAAUUACCAAAGAAAAAUAUUGAUUAUCCUUCCUGUGAAAUAAAGAGAUGCAGUUCACAGAUUAGUUUAUUUUCGUUCCAUUUUGUAUCCAGCUGAGAGAUUUGUUUUUCCGUCCAGUUCCGCACAGAUAUUGCCAGGACUGAGUACCUGUCCAACGCCGAUGAGAGGCUUCGCUGGCAGGCCAACUCCCUCCCAGCAGAUGACCUCUGCACCGAGAACGCCAUUAUGCUCAAGAGGUUCAACAGGUCAGUGUCCUGCUAUGAUUGCAGGGUAAUGCGUCUCACUCUUCUGACUAUACUAAGCUUUCCUAAUCUCUUCCAUCGCACUCUUAAGGUACCCGCUUAUUAUCGAUCCAUCUGGCCAAGCUACAGAGUUCAUAAUGAACGAGUACAAAGACCGCAAGAUCACCAGAACUAGUUUCUUGGACGACGCCUUCAGGAAGAACCUGGAAAGUGCCCUGCGUUUCGGAAAUCCAUUGCUGGUGCAGGUACAGACCACAUCUUCACACUACCUAGUUUUUAAUGUGAACUUCUGUCUCGCCUCCAUUUUUAAAGGAUUCAUCUAAAAUAUUUUGGAUUUUUUUACCCUCAAGGAUGUAGAAAGUUACGAUCCCAUCCUGAACCCGGUGCUGAACAGAGAGGUCCGCAGAACUGGUGGACGUGUCCUCAUCACCCUUGGAGACCAAGACAUCGAUCUGUCGCCUUCGUUUGUCAUCUUCCUCUCCACACGCGACCCGACGGUGAGUAAACUUCCAUUUGUAGAAAAUUGAAGAACAUAAUUUAACAUAUAAAAUGUUAUUUAAUGUCCAUGCUGUGUUCUUUCUUUGCAGGUGGAGUUCCCACCAGAUUUGUGUUCUCGUGUCACAUUCGUCAACUUCACCGUGACACGCAGCAGCCUUCAGAGCCAGUGUCUCAACGAGGUCCUCAAGGCUGAGAGACCCGAUGUGGACGAGAAACGCUCUGACCUCCUCAAACUGCAGGGUGAGACCGAAAAUACGUGAACUAACACAGUGACAGAGCAGGGGGAAUUAAUAACGACAGACUUUAACUCUCUUUUACUCCGUCUUCUUCCAGGCGAGUUCCAACUGCGCUUACGUCAGUUAGAAAAGUCUCUGCUGCAGGCUCUCAAUGAGGUUAAAGGUCGCAUCCUUGAUGAUGACACCAUCAUCACCACGCUGGAGAACUUGAAGAAGGAGGCGGCUGAGGUGACGAGGAAGGUGGAAGAGACAGACAUCGUCAUGGCAGAAGUGGAGGCAGUGUCACAGCAGUACCUGUCCCUGUCCUCUGCCUGCAGCAGCAUCUACUUCACCAUGGAGGCUCUCAACCAGGUCCGGAAACGUCCACCUUCCUCUCUCUUGCAAAUGUUAAACAACUUCUAAAUAUGCACUCAUAUUUAAGCUGUAAGCUGUAUACUUUCAACUCACCAUGUAAUGAGCAAAUACACUCUGUGUUAUGUUCCAGAUGCACUUCCUGUACCAGUACUCUCUUCACUUUUUCCUGGAUACCUACCACACAGUGCUGUAUGAGAACCCCAACCUCAAGAACGUCAGUGAUCAUUCACAGAGACUCGCUGUCAUCACCAAAGACCUCUUCCAGGUUUGAACCAAACUUUUUAAUUCUUGAUCUCAUCAAACCGACUCCUGUUCUGUUGUUGUUUGGCUGCAGUCGACGCUAACUCGUUGAUUACUUUGGAUGUAGGUGGCCUUCAACAGAGCAGCCAGAGGUAUGCUGCACCUGGAUCACAUCACUUUUGCCAUGCUGCUGGCCAAGAUCAGCCUCAAAGGCAUGACCAGGUAAGUUGCCGGUGUUACUCUUGUACCCUAACAGCAGCAGUACAAAAGUAUUCACUAUCACAUAAAUCAUAAUCGUCUCCGUAACCUGCUUUCAGUGAGCCCUCAUACGAUGCAGAGUUCCAGCACUUCCUGCGUGGAAAGGAAAUCGUCCUGACUGGCGAGUCGCUGCCCAAAGUGAAAGGUCUGACCACUGACCAGUGUGAGGCCAUGGUACGUCUCAGCCGCCUGCCAGCAUUCAGCGACUUGGUGUCCAAAGUUGAAGCUGAUGAGGUGAGUAAAGGUCAGAGGUAGCCCUCUGGUGUGGCUGCCCGGCUAAACUGAAGAUGGGGCUGUGUAUCAGUAAAUGGUUUAAUUCCUCAGAGCACCUCCUCAGUGAUCGUUCUCUCCAUGUUUACUUACUGCAGCAAUUCUUCAUGUGGAUUGAGAGCAACACUCCAGAGCUGGCUGUCCCCUAUCUGUGGUCAGAGGAGAAGCAAUCUAGUGAGUGUACAGACGUGUUAUUUUUUUUGUAAAGGAUGCAUUAAUAUUACGCAAAAGAUGAUUUUAAUGCAAACAUCAUUUUUAUACCGUGUCCUCCACUUCUUGUUUAGCACCCAUUGGCCAGGCAGUGCACCAGCUGUUACUGAUCCAGGCCUUCCGCCCGGAUCGCGUUAUGGCCAUGUCACACAUUUGUGUCUCCAAGGUGCUCGGAGAGUCCUUCAUGAACAUCAUCGAGCAGCCUCUUGACCUCGCUAACAUUGUUGAAAUGGAGGUAUGUACCAAUAGUUCCAUAUUUCUUUCCCCUCUUGUGAUGUUUCCUGUCGUCACUGUUCUUGAAUCCACUCUGGUUUCUCCUUGAUGUCUGUAGGUGAAGCCCAGCACUCCAGUCCUGAUGUGUUCUGUACCUGGUUAUGAUGCCAGCGGCCUGGUCAGAGAUCUGGCUGCCGAGCAGAACAAACAAAUUACCUCCAUCUCUAUUGGUAAGGGAAAGAUGAGCUCCUACUAUGAAAAAGAAAAAGGUUCCUCGAAAACUAAGACGAUGCGAAUUAUUCUGUUUUCACACCGUCCACAGGUUCAGCCGAGGGCUUCAAUAAGGCAGACAGAGACAUCAACACGGCUGUCAAGUCUGGAAGGUGUGUGGUUAUAAAAUCUGUGUUGUAUCUAGCAAGUUGACUUGAUUUGUUGUAUCUGUAUACUGACUAUCUUCAUGCUGCAGGUGGGUGAUGUUGGAGAACGUCCACCUGGCUCCUGGUUGGCUGAUGCAGCUGGAGAAGAAGCUCCACUCCAUGCAGCCUCAUUCCAGCUUCAGGCUGUUCCUGACAAUGGAGAUCAACCCCAAGGUAAAUGACCUCCCUCAUAACAAACUAUUCAACAUUUUCUCAUCGUGUUGACUCCUGAAAAUCUAAAUGUUCUGUUUCUAUCAAAGGUGCCUGUGAAUCUCCUUCGUGCCGGUCGUAUCUUUGUGUUCGAGCCUCCUCCUGGUGUGAAGGCCAACAUGCUCAGGACAUUCAGCAGCAUUCCUGUAGCUCGCAUGUGCAAGGUAACCAAGACUGUAUUUCAUUAUGCUUCCACUUUUCUAACAUGAGGUCAACACUGACUAAAAUAACUUCUCUUUUUUCAGGCUCCCAACGAGCGCGCUCGUCUGUAUUUCCUGCUGGCGUGGUUCCAUGCCGUCAUUCAGGAGCGUUUGCGUUAUGCACCUCUGGGCUGGUCCAAGAAGUACGAGUUUGGAGAGUCUGACCUCCGCUCUGCUUGUGAUACUGUUGACACCUGGCUGGACGACACUGCUAAGGUUGGAGAUCAUUUCAGAAAUGAGAAAAAAAUGUGUCUUCAUUGGUCGUAUUCAUGACAAAUACUAACUUCUGAAUUUAUAAAGUUAAUAAGGAAGUAUGACAGUAUGAUGUUAAGUGAAGACUGCUCUGUACGUGCAAACAGGGUCGCCAAAACAUCGCUCCAGACAAGAUCCCGUGGGCUGCCCUGAAGACCCUGAUGGCUCUGUCUAUCUAUGGUGGCCGCAUUGACAACGAGUUUGAUCAGCGUCUGCUCAACACUUUCCUGGACCGCAUCUUCACCAAGGGCAGCUUUGACAGCGAGUUCAAACUGGCUCUCAAGGUUGACGGACACAAAGACAUCAAGAUGCCUGAUGGCAUUCGGUCAGUCGUUCAGUUUGAUCCCACUCUUAAAUCCGUUUCAAUGUUUUGCUAAAUUCCUCAGCAUGUGGAAUUUGAUUUGUUACAGACGUGAGGAGUUCAUGCACUGGGUAGAGAUGCUCCCUGACACUCAGACUCCAUCUUGGCUCGGGUUGCCCAGCAAUGCAGAGAAGGUCUUGCUCACCACACAGGGUAUGAAACAGCCGGUCGUCUUCAUCAUCCAUCCUUUGGGGUUCUGUCACAGUAACUGGAUCUCAACACCUCCUGAGUCUUCUUCCUUUCAAAGAUCUCAUGUCCUCACCAUGCAGAUCAUUAACCAUCUCUCUCUGUUCUAGUCUUUGAACUUGAAUUUUCACAGGGUGUUGCAGUGAAAGAAAGGCUUUCAUUUUUGUGUCUGCUUUGGGCAGAAUACUGAGUGUGUUGGUCGCAAACCUUGACUCUGCUCUUUCUACUAAUGUGUCAUCUUCUCAUUAGUUUACAUCACUUGUUAGUUUUUAUUUGAUGUAGUCGUAGCUUAGCUCUCGUUAUGUAGCCUUCAUGCUUUAAGGUGCUCUGCCCAAAGGAAGGGUUUGGGUGGCCUCACCCUCCAGCAGCUGUAUUUCACAGUCAUCAUGUCGCUUUGCUAAAAUACCAUCCCCACCCUUUAGAUCAGGAGCAACAUCAACCAGUCCACUUCCUACAUCCUUUGGUAUCACUUCAAAGCCCCUCCCUCCCAUGACUGCCACACCUCCUUCACCUGAUCCUCACUCCCACCCUUUAGCCUCCCUCCUCAGUCCUUUCACCUUACAUAUGUUUUCAUUUUGUCAUAAAUCCAUCCAAGAGUGUGGUUUAUUUUUUCUGUUUGGGGACUGUGUUCAUUGUAGUAUUUGACUGAAAUUGCCUGAAGCCUCGUCUGUCUCCCCCCAACCCAGUUUCUUUGUUUAACUAUCUGGCACAAUCCCUACAUUAUUAACACAACCUUGAGGUGAGCUGUUUGUUUGUUUGUUUGUUCCACUGUUAAUUUCUUCUCCCCCCUCCCAAAUCCCACCAUGGCCUUGUUUUCUUCCUCCCUCUCCCCCCACUCACUUACUCCCCCCCCUGCUGGGCUGCGCAGGCACUGACAUGAUGGGUAAGAUGCUGAAAAUGCAGAUGUUGGAGGAUGAGGAUGACCUUGCCUAUGAGACGGAGAAGAAGGAGCGCACUUCCUCCACGUCUGACACCCAGCCAGCCUGGAUGAGGACCCUCCAUACCACAGCCUGCAACUGGCUUCAGCUCAUGCCGCAAACCGUCAAUCCGCUCAAACGCACAGUGGAGAACAUCAAGGUAAAGGCAGAGAUGUGGGGAAAAGUGGUUGGCAAGCAGUCCUCAAGACUCAGACCAUAAACACUUUGAAUCUUGUCAGUUUUUUGCAGUUUGUUUUGUUUCAGGGUGCUUGAAGUAGCAAGGUAAAAAUUAAGCAACGGUUUGAAUUUAGUAGAUAACUUCAUACCUGCUUGUCAAUGCUGUAUCUGCCUAACUUCUGUAUUUGUAUUUGAUGUUCUUUUUUGUCCAAACACACAAACAUCAGGACCCGCUGUUCCGUUUCUUCGAGCGUGAGGUGAAGAUGGGUGGCAAGAUGCUGCAGGAGGUCCGCCAGGAUCUGUCCGAUGUUGUUCAAGUCUGUGAGGGCAAGAAGAAGCAGACAAACUACCUGCGCACACUCAUCAGCGACCUUGUUAAAGGUAAGGUUUUAGUUUUUCAUCAAACUCAUUUAUGUAUUCCAGGGUUUAGCUUUUUGUUUUGAAGUUGGACGAAACAAUAUGUCCCUGAACAGUCUCUACGUGGAGGAAAUAAGUGAAGCACACCUGUUUUUCGUCUCCCCAGGCAUCCUCCCACGCAGCUGGUGUCGCUACACUGUUCCUGCCGCCAUGACUGUGAUCCAGUGGGUGGCAGACUUCAGUGAGCGAAUCAAACAGCUGCAGCAGAUCUCCCAGGGAGCCGCCAGUGGAGGUGCAAAGGAACUGAAGGUACAGGUUGAUUAAACCAUAGUGUGAUAGACUUUUGGAAAUACUGAGCAGAGGAAUUCACCGGACUGUGUUUUUCUUUUCUCCAGAACAUCCACGUGUGUCUCGGCAGCCUGUUUGUCCCGGAGGCUUAUAUUACCGCCACCCGCCAGUAUGUGGCCCAAGCCAACAGCUGGUCUCUGGAGGAGCUGUUCCUGGAGGUCAAUGUCACCACCGCCCAGGGCGCUGCGCUGGAUGCCUGCAGCUUUGGCAUUAAAGGUCAGUGAGACAGCAGGCCAUCUGCUGUGGUCGAGAGAGUUAUUGGGACAAAUAUGAUCAAAUUAUGGAAAAACAUAAUGACCUUCUGACAAUGUGACUCCAGAUGAUUCCAGUUUAUAUUGCAUUGUUUUGAAUUUUACUCAUAAAGGUAUUGAUGUCUUGUGACUGUUUUAUUUUAGGCCUGAAACUGCAGGGAGCCACCUGUGGCAACAACAAGCUGUCUCUGUCCACCUCCAUCUCCACUGAGCUGCCUCUCACUCAGCUUCGUUGGGUUAAGCAGAGCAACGCUGAGAAGAGACACACGGUAUGAUCAAAACAAAACGACAGGAAAUACAAAUAACUGACUCUCCUAUAGAAAUAACUUCUACUGCUGUGAAAUUUAGCUCAGUUUUGUACCACUCAUGGAUUUCUGUUUUCCUUCUCGCUGCAGGUCACUCUACCCGUGUACCUGAACUUCACCAGAUCCGACCUCAUCUUCACUGUUGACUUCGACAUCGCCACCAAGGAAGACCCACACAGCUUCUAUGAGCGUGGAGUUGCUGUCCUGUGCACCGAGUAG